UUGACCCGUUGGGCAUGCCGUACUCCGUUUUGGUUAAUGGGCCAGGAAGAUGGCGGCUGUCACUUUGGUUAGCCGUCCUAUUGGUGUCCUUCCGAGGCUAUCCAGUACCUGCUCCCCGCUGUUGCUGGCGGCUGGGCCUGUUGCGAUUAAGCACAGGAAGGUCCACCAUGCCCUUAUUCCGAAAGGCAAAGGUGGUCGCUCAUCCUCCAGCGGAAUAGCUGCGACGGUUUUCGGGGCUACUGGCUUUCUGGGCCGAUAUGUUGUCAAUCGACUUGGACGUAUAGGCUCACAGAUAGUGAUCCCUUACAGAUGCGAUCAGUAUGACAUCAUGUACUUCAGACCCAUGGGGGAUCUUGGCCAGAUCAUCUUUAUGGAGUGGGAUGCAAGAGAUAACGAAUCAAUCCAAAGAGCAAUUGCUCACUCCAAUGUUGUAAUCAAUCUGGUGGGAAGAGAGUGGGAGACCAGAAACUAUAAGUUCGAGGAUGUGUUCGUAACCAUCCCUCAGCAGAUUGCAAAGGCAUCACGUGAAGCUGGAGUCAAAACGUUCAUCCAUGUGUCCCACCUAAAUGCAGACAUUCGCAGUCCCUCAAAAUACCUGAGAAAUAAGGCUGUUGGGGAGUCUGCUGUGAGGGACGAAUUCCCAGAUGCCAUCAUCAUGAAGCCAUCUGAGUUCUUUGGGAGAGAAGACCGUUUUUUCAACCACUAUGCUAACAUGCGUUGGUUUGGCAAGGCUAUACCUCUUAUAGCCAUGGGCAAGAAAACAGUAAAGCAGCCCUGUAAUGUGACGGACGUUGCCAAGGCCAUUAUCAGUGCUGCCAGAGAUCCGGAUGCUAAUGGAAAAACAUAUGCAUUAGCUGGGCCCAACCGAUACCUUCUGCAUGAUCUGGUGCAGUAUGUGUAUGCUGUUGUUCAUAGACCAUUCGUGGCCUAUCCCAUGCCACGCCCACUCUACCAUUUCGUGGCAAGAUUCUUUGAAAUGAGUCCCUUUGAGCCCUGGACAAGUCGUGACAAAGUUGACCGGUUCCACACAACAGACAUGAAGUAUCCUGAUCUGCCAGGCUUUGAAGACCUGGGCAUCACACCUUACUCUGUGGAACAGAAGGCCAUCGAGGUCUUGCGUCGCCACCGCCGCUACCGUUACCUGGACGAAGAGAUCGGGGAGGCCAAGCCAAUGAAAACAGUUGACUUCUAAGGAGUCUGUCACAGCAUGGCUCUCCACUUUAUUCCCUGUGUGCUUUCACAUUUUACCAUGACCCUGUACAUAAAUAAAAAUUUCUCCACCUCCAGCUCUGGCUCAUAA